AUGUCGGUGGAUUUAUAUUACACACCAAUGAGUCCGCCUUGCAGAGCAGUUCUUUUAACUGCGGAAGCGAUCGGUUUUCCUUUAAACCUGAAAGAAAUCGAUUUGAUGGGCGGCGAACAUUUGAAGCCAGAAUAUGAACAGUUGAAUCCACAGAAAACGGUUCCAUUUCUUGUAGAUGGCGCUUAUAAGUUGACAGAGAGCCGAGCUAUUAUGUCGUACUUAGUCGAUGAGUACGGUAAGAACCCUAGGCUAAAUCCACAAACUCCGAUUGGUCGGGCGCUCGUCAAUCAACGAUUGCAUUUCGAUAUGUUUCUGUUCAAGAACGUGAGGAACUAUUAUUUCCCAGUUGCAUUUGGCCAGGCACAGGAUUACAAUCCAGAGCAGUACCAAAAAUUGCAAGGUGCGUUUGAAGUUCUGAAUAAUUUUCUUGAAGGACAGGAUUACGCUACAGGACGUUACUUGACCAUCGCUGACCUAUCCUUGGCUGCCACUGUAUCCACUGCGGAAAUUUUCAAUUUCGAACUCGAGAAUUACCCAAACGUUACAAAAUGGAUGGAAAAAAUGAAAACGUCUGCACCUGGAUACCGCAAGGCUAAUGGCGAAGGAGUGCAAAUUUUCAAAAAUGUCCUUGAGAAUUUGCAGAAUAAGGAUAAAUCGUAA